CACUACUGUGUGCACAGCAGGCGUCUGUCUUAAAGACUCUCAGGGGCUGCAAAAAUUAAUUCCUCCCACAUCUCUGCCACAUCUAAACGAAGUCUCUGCUGUACCUCUUUUAUUGAAUGUCCUUAUACCUGGUCGCCCAGUUCACACCAUGCAUUUGAAAGGUGAACAUGUAUGUACAGAUACAAGGGACUGGGCCCUCAAGAGGAUUGUCGGCCCCUCUACUAGUAUCAGGAAUCUGGGAUUGGACCUCGUGCAAUGGUCCCCAUAUAAUAAUUUUCAACACCCAUUAAUUUCAAAGCAUGUUGAAGAAGUCACCCUGACAGGCUUUGCUACUCAGGAUCUUGACCCAUCUUCGGGUUUAGAAUUCAGGGACUGGGUAGUACAUUUGCGAGUCAUGCUAAAACGCAUACCAAAUUUAAAGAGGCUGACGUUCUGGUUUGAGGGAAAGCAUGAAGAUGCUUCCUCUUGGGCUCGACUUCUCUUCCUGGAGUUUUACAAUAUCCUGUCUGAGCUUGAGCACGUCUCAUGUGUAGUUGCCGGUCCAGAAGUUUCGACGACAUUUGACUUUUCAUCGCAUCACUUCCCACUCCCUUUCUCCCAAGACAAUCGAACUCGUGGACACAGGGCUGCAAAUGAUGUCCGGGAGCUCAUGCCGAUGCCUAUCCUUUGUUGCCGGAAUGAGGAACUUCUUUGCGAUGCAUACUCCCAUUGGACCCUCCAUCUCGACCGUGCAGAAAUGGAACGUCGGAAGAAUACUAGGAGAUAUAGGAAUCGACCUGACCUUGAGUAGCGCGGUUCGCUCCCCAGUCGCCUCAACUGUUCGCAGCAUGGCCUCGCAUAUGGUCAUCUCAUAUUCGAGGCGUGCAUCGGUCUGGGAAUACGUUCGUGGUUCAGUACACCUCGUUGUUCCCGGAAGGAUAUGGGCGCGACAGCACACCUUUUGAGACAGCGGAAAUAGUGACGACCGAGGCUAUGGCAGAAUUU